UUGAUUAAGCGGUGUUGAACAUGGCACAGGCCGUUACGACGACAUAUGCCCGUACAGUACAGGAUCAUUGAGCCAAGCCAAUGGCCACAUAUAUGACUUUCUGAGGGGCUGACCGUUUGGUUUGGAGCAAAACAUUUAUCUUGUAAACAGAAAAUUGGGCAAUACAUGGUUUAUGUGGUCAUACAACAUAGGAAAGGAUCUUCCAGAAUCAGAAUUGGGCAUAUCCGGGAAAGAGUGGCAGAUUGAUUGGAAGGUUAGGUUAAUUGUGAAGACAAAUGCAAAAUGACAAUCGUGGGCAAUAAGCAAUGCAUCAUUGAUGUGGAGUGGAAUGGUAGGUGAAGGCCACGCAAACAUGGAUGCUCUGCAGACAGGAUUUCGUGAUGCCGUUGCAAGCCUUGCUUAUGCAUUCGAAGCUGCGAUUUCUACAUCUAUUGCCUCGAAAUCUAGUAGUGCCCAAGCUGCCUUUCAAUGGGGUGGAAGCAUCAUCGACUUGUUUUUGUUGGUUUUGAAUCGAUUUGGACAGGACUCACGCACACAAAGCACCCUUUUAGUGUUAUAUCUCUUCACAAGUUUACCAGAAGUACUGUUCAGAAUUUUAAGGGAACAAUUUGGCUGCUGGGUUGCUUUCCUUGCAAUUGUAGCAAACGUGUUUUUCCCUCACACUUUUCCAGUUCCAGUCUCGCGUUUUCUGCUAUUUGUGAUAGCUCCGAAUUGGAUUGCUCAUGGACUAAGAAAUAGCAUGGUAGGCGGAAUUUUUUGUCUGGCAAUAGGCAUUUCAGUUGUCAUUGUCCAGAUUCGUGGCAAUGGGGGAUUUCGAAACUGCAGCUGCAAUUUCCACUGCUUCGCCUAUUAUCUUUGUAUAGCAUUUCUUUUCUUCUUCAUCAUAUUGUAUCUGUGCUUAGGAAAUUGGUAGAUAAAAACCAUCCCUAGGAGGGGGUGUAACUGUGUAAGUAUAACUUUGCCGUAGCCCUUACCUUUAAGAUUGCAAAUAUAUUUCUUGACGACCAACGGACCAAGGUGUGGUACAUGGAGGUGUUGAUACGGUGUCAAAGUCCGCAAGUAAUAAUUUUGAUGGGGGAUCAUACUUCGUACUCGUAAGAGGUAGUGGGGAAGUUAAAGCUUCUCUCGGAUUCAUGCUAAUGGAGAAGCAUGACUUAAAGUCAAAGAUUGGCGGCGCUGUGUCCGGGACAAAUUAGAUUCUUGUGAUUCAGUCUACUGUCAAUGGUAUUCAUUGUUCAUCAUUGAAUUUAUUUGUACACUCAUUGGCUACAAGGGACUUCAUGCCGAUGGUUUCUCUGCCUAAUUUUAUAGGCUUCACCUGCUCUUCCCUUCUUGAUGAAUAUAUUAAUAAGUCGUCGCUUCUGCGAGUGGGCAGAUAAGUAUUAGGAACUAGAAUUUAUGAGUUGGGUCUUUCUCUGGUUUGGCUCGAUUUUCCCGCUCCAUGUAUGGUUCCUUCGGUCCUUUUCUGAGAUUCAUCAGUAUUUGAAAGUCAUCUGUGGAUUUCAUUAUUUUAUAACAAAUAAUAUAACUUUAUUAAUCUUUGCCUA